AUGGCCCCAAUCAAAGUGACAGAAAUUAAUUCAGAGGAACGCCACACAAUGCUCUCAGAGUUUAUAAAAUUAAUAGCAUUCAAGAGACAACAGAUAACAAAAGUAUUCCAAAAGGGCGAUGAAGUUGAAGUGGCAAGUCAAGUAUAUGGCUUCAUAGGUUCUUACUACGAUGAAACUAUUCUUUCUCCCGUUGGCGCUUAUCAUUACAGAAUCAAGUACAAGACUCUGUUGACUGAUGAUGAAUCCGCGCCACUGGAAGAGAUGGUCACUGCAGCAGUGAUCCGCCCUGUUCCUCCUCAUCAAGAUGAAACAAUUUCAGAAAAUGGAUUCCGCCUGCACGAUAUGGUUGAUGUGUUUGCUAACGAUGGAUGGUGGUUUGGAUUUAUCAGUGGGAAAAUUGGAGAAGAGUACUAUGUCUAUUUCCCUACAACUGCGGAUAACAUUGCAUAUCCUCGUCAUGUGUUGAGAUUUCAUCAAGAAUGGGUUAAUGGCAAGUGGAAAUAUCUUCCCAAAAUAAGGAAUUAG